AUGGAUAUCUUCGACCACCAGUUGAGCGGUGACACAAUCGCGGCACUGAAAGUGCCUUUCGAACACGACGCCAAUUAUCGGAACAAGGCCACCACAGCUGAUGGCGAAAGGGUAAAGCCCAAUGACAGUGUCGAGUUGCGAAACGGCAGCUUGCUGCGCAUCGUUUUCAUCACCAAGGACAAUAGCGGAAAGACAUGGUUACACGGAAUUCGGCUGCUGCACAACGAAGAAAUAGACAAGAAGUACUCGGAAAAGUUAGGGCAUUACUUGAAAGCCCUACUACCAUGCGACCAGAACGAGGUGUGCGCUAUCAUAAAGACGACUACAGAUAGCGAUGCCAUCGAUGCCUUCUUAGUCAGCGAGCCGCUGAUAGAUGUUGUAUGCAAACGCCGGAUUAUUUUUACCAAUACCCUGCGUACUUGGGGCGACUCUCAAGCUGAACCCAAAAAAUCCACUGACUCCGACCGCCAUGGAACUCUUUUCUGCCGUUGGAAGCACAUUGAGAAGGCAGAUCUGGAAAAGCGCAAAGUUUCCGAGUUCAAGCUGCGGAGGCUGACCAGAUCGGAGGCUGACAUUGAAAAUGGUAUAGCACCUUUCUGGUUACUUCAUCAUCAUCGCCCCGGUCAGAACCGUUCAAGGCCCUCGGAUGUACAAUUUACGUACGGCGACAUAUGCGCUGGAGGAGGGGGUACCAGCCGCGCAGCAGAACUUGCGGGACUAAUGCAUCGCUUCCUCCUCGACAACGACACGAAUGCGUGCGAGACCUUGAGGUUGAACUUCGGACCGGAAGUCGUUAUAGAGAGCGACGUGUGCGAAUUCUGCCAGCUGAAGGAGAGUGGGCUUGUCGUUGACGUUGUCCAUUUCUCGUUCGUAUGCAAAGCACAUUCGGCUGCAAACCGCCACACCAACCCCGAACGGGAUGCCGAGCAUAUUGCCCUGGGCUACACACUAUCAGACAUCCUCAAGAUGUGCAGACCUAGAAUCGUCACCAUGGAACAGGUGCCCGGGAUAAACAAGCGCUCCGAUGAUGGACAGCAUCUCCGAUCAUAUAUCCAAGCACUCACAGAGAGCGGGUAUGAUUGCCGUUGGAAAAAGAUUAACUUUCAAGAAUAUGGCAACGCGCAAGCAAGACAGCGUAUCAUCAUCAUGGCCGCUUGUCCGGGACAAGAUCUUCCUUCAUGGCCUCGAGCAACCAACGGCAAUGGUCGACGGCUUCUAAAGCCUGUCAGGAUAAAAGAUGCAUUGCUUCUCGUUCCAGAAGUCGAUGAUCUCCCGCCGCAUAUGUUACAACACACUGCGAAGCCGGAUGCCGUACACAGUGAUCCAAGGCAGCCCCUGAAAGCCUGCAUCACGACCCGAGGCGGAGACACUGACGUCCAUCCAUACGAAAAACGCAGCUUCAACAUGGCCGAGCUCGCGGUUCUCAAUGGGUUCCCGGCCUGGCACCAGUUCCCUGCUGAGCUGGGAGUCACGGCCCUCCGCGAGCUCAUUGGCAACGCAGUCCCUGCGUUAUCUUUUAAGCUCUUCUUCGACAAGGUGGUUGAAGCGCUCAAGCAGACCGAUGAAGAAAAUGCACAAUAUGAGCAGACAGAAGGACGCGACUUCAUGGAGUAA